UAAAUGUGAUAAAUUCACCAUUAAAACAGAAGAGAAUAGCAAAAUGGCUUAGAAAGCAUAAUCCAAUAAUACGACAUGAAACACACCUUAAACAUAAAGAUUCACACAGAAUUAAAAUAAGGGGCUACAGAAAAAUCUAUCAUGCUUUAGUUGUAGUGAAAACUUAAGAACUCUUGGUUAAUCUAAUAUCUGUUCAGGAUCCCAGAGACACAGGAUAAAGCAUAGUACCUCCCUCCUGACAGGUGAUGGACUCAGAGUACAAAAUGAGAUACAGAUUUUUGGACUUGGUCAAUGUGAAAAUUUUGUGUGCUUGACUAUGUGAAUGUACUACAAGAAUUUUGGUUUUUUUGUUUGUUUGUUUGUCUCUUAAGGGUGGGGAGGUGAGAGGAAAAGAGUUGUAAAUUCACCAAAAAAGUAAAAUAAAAUAAAAGUAAUAUUUUUAAAAAUGUAACUUUUUUUGGAAGAUAAUUGAUAAUUUUGGACAAUAGUUUUCAGUUGAGUGAUGUUAGAAGCUAGGCAGAAAUGAGUGGGGCUGGGCAUAACAAAGUAGAAACAAUGGAGUGAUUCCAAAAAAAUAAAUCUCAUUAGUUGCCUAUAGCACUGGCCUUUUUGUUCCUCACAAGACACUGCCUCUGAGCUCAGUUCAUUUUCACUUGGCUAUAUACCCUUUGCCUGGAAUUCUCUCCCUGCUCAUCUCAGGCCCCUUGGCUUUCUUCCAAUCUCCACUCAAAUCGACCUUUCUUUAAGAAGCCUUCCAAAUCCUCCUUAAUCUUAGUAGCUUUCCUUCUGAGAUGAUUUCUAAUUUAUCCUGAAUGGAACCUGUUUGCAUGUUGUCUCCCCCCUUAGACUGUGGGCUCUUUUCAGGGUAGGAGAUGUUUUUGCCUUUUUUCAUAAUUCCAGAGCUUAGUACAGUGUCUGGCACAUAGUAGAUAUUUAAUACAUGCUUGUUAAUUUGACCCUUUUUACAUCCUAGGCUUUUCCCCUAAAGCUCCUGAUGAAGGAUGCAGUUCCCAGGUUUAACAACGAUGCUAGCUUAUUAGUGUCUGCCAUUUCUUUGAGAGGGGCUGUGCUAACAUAGUCACCCGCCCGUUUUCUGAAUAUCGUCUUAAAAAUUAUCUAUUAAUGAAUGCUUUUUGUUUCUACAUUUCAUUUAUUCCUGAAUAUAUUCUUUUCCCAUCCCCCUAACCAAGGAGCCAUCCCUGCUAAAAGUUUUAAAAAGAAAAAAAGCAGAUCAGCAAAAUUAAGGAACACAUGGAUCGUGUUUGAAAGCGCAUUCAAUACUCCCCAUCCAUAGUUCCCCGCCUCUAGAACAGUAUAGGCAAUAUUCCAUAUUCACCAAAUGGAAAGAAGGAGGUCGGUCCAUUUUUUCAGCUCGCUAAGCUUGGGCAUUAUUCACUAUAAUUAUAUAAUUAUAACUAGCUAUCAACAGGUUCAGAAAAAGACUAGAUUUAAGCAGGAGAGAGAGGGAGACGCAGAAGGGAGGGGGAAGGGGCACUCCGGUCGGGCGGAAGUGGCGUCACGAGCACCCGAAGUUGCCAGGAUCACGUGGCCCGCAGCCAGUGGAAGCGCUGUCUUGUCGCCGAGAUGGCUACAGAAGGGAAGAUUAAACGGAAGAAAAAGGAACCGACCGGAGAUAGCAAAGCAAUGGAAGAUAGAAUGAGCAGCUCCUCAUCUGGAGAGUAUCAGGUUGGACAAGUGGCCAGCAGCCUGUUUCAAAACAAGCCCUUCAAGAGUGGCAAGAGCCACCUGGCGUCACUCUUCAGCUCCUCAGCUACACAAGUGCAGCAGCCUGUCUAUGUGGCUGCUAGAGAAUUCCUUUUAAAGGCUAACAUCAAGAAGAGAAAACAUAAUGAAGAUGAGAUUGCAUCCCACAGUCAAGGAACUUGUGCUGCUAUUGAACAAAUGCCUGCAAAGAGAAUUAUAGUGAAAAAGGAUCUCUCUGAUGCAGAUAAAAUGUUGGUAAACAGAGAAAGUGCUUUGGCAUCUGCUGAUCUUGAAGAGGAAGAAGAAGAAAAAAUGCAAGCUAAACAGAUGAAGAAAAGGAAAAUAACUCAAGCUAGUAAUAAUGACAAAACAGCAGGUGGUAAAAUACUUGGUAAUUCAAAUUAUUCAUUUGAAGUAAAUAAAAGAAAGAAGAUUCAAGCCAAUGAGGCAGAGGAAAGAAUAAAGAAUAAGAGAACAGUAUUUGUGGGAAAUUUACCUGUCACCUGUAAAAAAAAGGAGCUGAAGUCAUUUUUUAAAGAGUAUGGACAAAUAGAAUGUGUGCGAUUCCGGUCUUUGAUUCCAGCAAAGAGCACUUUAUCCAAAAAGAUUGCUGCAAUAAAACGUGAAGUUCAUCCUGAACAGAAGAGUAUUAAUGGUUAUGUUGUUUUUAAGGAAGAGAGUGCUGCUGAAAAGGCCCUGAAAAGAAAUGGUGCUCAGAUUGCAGAGGGAUUUCCCAUCAGAGUUGAACUUAUAUCUGACACUCCUUUGAGGGGCAAGAGAUCAGUGUUUGUGGGGAACCUCCCUUACAAAAUUGAAGAGGCUGCUAUUCAAGAGCACUUCUCUGACUGUGGAAGCGUUUUAGCAGUAAAAAUUGUGAGAAACAAAGUUACUGGUGUUGGCAAAGGGUGUGGCUAUGUGCUCUUUGAGAAUACUGAUGCUGUACAACUUGCUUUGAGAUUAAACAACUCUGAAUUAAUGGGAAGAAAACUACGGGUCAAGCGUUAUGUUAAUAACGAAAAGGUUAAACCAUCACAUACUACAGGCAGAGUUUUGGAGAAUUCCACCAAAUUUAAGCACAAACUUAAUUUUCCUCCUAAAAGUACAGGACAGCAUUCCAAAAAUACAUUUGCUGGAGAAAAAGCUAAUCCCUUGAAAAAGAAAAAGAAAUGGCAGAAAAGUGGAAAAAUUAAAAAGCAAAUGGAAAAACACAAAUAGAGAGUCAGUCUGAGACUUUUUUUAGUUGUUGGAUAAUUUGCUAAUAAAAUUGUGUUUUAUUUAAUAAAUGUGAGAACUGUUAAUUUAUAAAUAAGGUAUUGAAAUCUGGACAAGCAGCAUAUUUUAAGAUUUAACAUAGAGUUAGCUCCUCAAAAGGAAGGACUGUGAUUUAAUAUAGCAUUUAUUUCUAUCAUGGUAAGUGAUAUUUUUCUAGUUGCAUGCUUUUUCAGUGUUCUUUCCAGCAUAAUGUUCUGCAUAU